AGAAGCCCCCGUUUCCUGGAGCCCGCGCCGUGCCGCGCUACGCCCGCCGGGAGCCGGCCAGAGCGGCCAAGAUGUCGCAGCCCAAGAAAAGAAAGCUUGAGUCGGGGGGCGGCGGCGAAGGAGGGGAGGGAGCUGAAGAGGAAGAUGGCGCGGAGCGGGAGGCGGCCCUGGAGCGACCCCGGAGGACUAAGCGGGAGCGGGACCAGCUGUACUAUGAGUGCUACUCUGACGUUUCGGUCCACGAGGAGAUGAUCGCAGACCGCGUCCGCACCGAUGCCUACCGCCUGGGUAUCCUGCGGAACUGGGCAGCACUGCGAGGCAAGACGGUACUUGACGUGGGCGCGGGCACCGGCAUUCUGAGUAUCUUCUGUGCCCAGGCCGGGGCCCGGCGCGUGUACGCGGUAGAGGCCAGCGCCAUCUGGCAACAGGCCCGGGAGGUGGUAAGGUUCAACGGGCUGGAGGACCGGGUGCACGUCCUGCCGGGACCGGUGGAGACUGUGGAGUUGCCGGAACAGGUGGAUGCCAUCGUGAGCGAAUGGAUGGGCUACGGACUCCUGCACGAGUCCAUGCUGAGCUCCGUCCUCCACGCGCGAACCAAGUGGCUGAAGGAGGGCGGUCUUCUCCUGCCGGCCUCCGCCGAGCUCUUCAUAGCCCCCAUCAGCGACCAGAUGCUGGAAUGGCGCCUGGGCUUCUGGAGCCAGGUGAAGCAGCACUAUGGUGUGGACAUGAGCUGCCUGGAGGGCUUCGCCACGCGCUGCCUCAUGGGCCACUCGGAGAUCGUUGUGCAGGGAUUGUCCGGCGAGGACGUGCUGGCCCGGCCACAGCGCUUUGCGCAACUAGAGCUCUCCCGCGCCGGCUUGGAGCAGGAGCUGGAGGCCGGAGUGGGCGGGCGCUUCCGCUGCAGCUGCUAUGGCUCGGCGCCCAUGCAUGGCUUUGCCAUCUGGUUCCAGGUGACCUUCCCUGGAGGGGAGUCGGAGAAACCCCUGGUGCUGUCCACCUCGCCUUUUCACCCCGCCACGCACUGGAAACAGGCGCUUCUCUACCUAAACGAGCCAGUGCAAGUGGAGCAAGACACGGAUGUUUCAGGAGAGAUCACGCUGCUGCCCUCCCGGGACAACCCCCGUCGCCUGCGCGUGCUGCUGCGCUACAAAGUGGGAGACCAGGAGGAGAAGACCAAAGACUUUGCCAUGGAGGACUGAGCGUUGCCUUUUCUCCCAGCUACCUCCCAAGGCAGCCUGACCUGCGUGGGAGAGACGUAGCGAGGUCGGAGGAGAAAGGGAGAUCCCACGUGCAAGUAGGGGGAAUAUCUGUCUCCCUUUUCCCGCAUAGCCUCUAGGGAGGGAGAGUGAGUUCAUUCUCCAUUUGAAGAGAUUCUUCUGGUGAUGUUUACUUAAAAAGUUAUCCCCCUCAAGAACGGAUACAGCGUGCUUAUUAUUGGGCUUUUAAGCCUCAAAGGCAUGUAGUACCAAGCACUUGUAUUUCCAUAUAUUUUGUUUCGUGGGGGAGGGAGGCAGAAGAACACAGAUGAAAAUGUCAGUUUUUGAAGGGUCCAUGCACAUUCCUGACACCUCACACCUUAUCUAAGUCUGAAGCUGAGGAGAAAGAGUUCUUUUAGACUUCAUACAUUUCCAAUACGACUUUAGUAUCUCUCCAGAGCCAUAUUUUCUCACUCUGAAUUAAUUCCCCAUCCCUAGGUGCCUGUAGGCUAUGAGACUUCCUCAUUGUUUUCUAAGUAAACUUCACUACUGGUAAUUAAGGGGAAGGAUAUGAGGAAGCAGUUUAAAUAGCCCUGUUCUCAUUACUCUUACCACAUACAUAGGGUGCUAAAGUUGAUGAACACAUUAAUCCGUUAAGUAAAAUGGUCUUUGUAAUUGUACGGCGUAUCUAAGAAACUCAGAAGGUGCAUUUAGGAGAAAGACCUGAAAGACAGAAAUAGUAUGGAUUCUUAUGUAGAGGACUACAAAAUUCUUGUCUCUACUAUUACAACCAAAAAACAAAUAUUUCAUGUAUGUCCUAUAAAAAUAUCAGUGUAAUUCUUAUGAAACAGGCUGGUAGAGGAGGUUUCUGAGCCUAGCCCAAGGGCUUAUUCAUCACCAUGGGUAAAUUAUUUAAACUGACUUAAUUAAGUAAAAUAUUUUCCCAGCUAGAAAAGUGUACUCAUUCUCAUUUAAACUCUCAUUUGGAGGGAUCAUGUGAGUUUUAGUUUAGUUUUGUUUUUUUUUUUUUUUUUUCUCUUUCACGCAGCCAAAUGUGAAAGUUGUGAAUUUAGGAAAAUCACUUAUAAUGAAGUGUGAAUCUUGUUAUCACAUUUAUUUCACUUAUGUUUCCCUCCUUAUCCUUGUAGCUAAUAAAACAUUGACAUUCUCACGUUUUAUAGAUGAAGUAAGAAGUCUUGUGUGCUGUCUAUGAGUUAUAAUGCUUUUGCCUUUUUAAUAUUACCAGUUCUUAAGUGUUACAGCCCAUUCAGAAUAUAACUUCAGGACAAUUCAAACUGCUUAAUGUAUGAUUUUUGAGCUUCUGUAUGCUAAGAAAAUAGGUGUGAAAAACUGGUGUUCUGAAAUAGCCUAACAUUUAUUGUAAUUCUGAUUUUUCUGCCCUUUUAUUCAUUGCAUAUUAAAGUAUUAGAGUAUAAAAACUAAUUUGCUAAACUUUGGUGGUAUGUAACACAAGAUCUUCCCUCAUGGAGAGACAUACAUGUACAAAAUUAUCAAUUUACAAGAUAAUUGAGUAGCAAGCAGUACAGUUAUAACCAUCACCAUUUUGAUGCUAAGAUAGUGAUCAUCUCCUGUAAAUGCUACAAUUACAGCAAGCUAGACUUGAGUUAAGCUAGCGGGAAAAAAUAGCUCCUUAUAAGGUGUUCUCUGUUUUAAAUCAAACAUUUCUUUAGAAUUUUAGGGUGUGAUUUUGAGUAGGUUUCUGAUGGUUUGGUUUGUUUUUUAAAAACUUGAUUUAACAAUUCCUUUUCUAAGUGAUAAAUGAGAACAUUCUUCCAAAUUCUGUUUUUUAUGUAUUUGAUAAAUACUAUAGAGUUAUCAUUAUCAGUAUAAGCACAUAAAGGGAACCUCAGUUAAAACUUGGAGGAACUAUAGAAGUAAAGGGUAUGUAUUCCAUAAAAUAAGCUUCAGGAUUUUUAUUACUCCUUCCCAAAAGAAAAAUGAAUUAUAAAAAUACAGCGACUGAAACAAUUAGUCAAAAGUUAGCAUAACAUAAUGGCUACAAAAUUGGACUCUAGAGGCAGACAGCCCAUAGUAGAACCGAGGCUCUACCACUUUUUGUGACCUUGGGCAAAAUAUUAAUACUUAAACACUUUUUUUCCUUCAAAAGGGAGGAAAUGCCUCUCAUAUGCAAAAUGGAGAUUACAACAGUACCUACGUCAUAGACAUGUGAGGAUUGAAUGAGUUAAUACAUGUGACUACAUAAUGUCUGGUAUUCAACAGUAUGUGGUUGUACGUGAGGAGCAAUGUAUGACACUGUACACCAAAUGAUCCAAAGGGAAUUCAGGACCUUUGGAAUGAGGACACCUCCAGAAGGAUGAAGGUGUAAAAUGUAUCAACAUCCAGGCACUGUCCAAUCUGUCUAUAUGGACUGGUACUGACUGCUGGGUACCAUUGGACCACAGGCAGGAACUACCAGGCCCAAAGGAGAGGAGAACAUGGUAAAGUUCGACCUGCUUCCCUCAAAGAACUUACAUUUAUUUUGCACUGUGAAGAUUUCCAAAUAUUUUCAUUAAUUCAUUGGACCAAUGGACGUUUUAUUGAGUAUACAAUGUAACAGUCAUUGUGAUAAGCAUUUAGGAUACAAACCAAUAAAACACAGUUUCUUCCUUCAAA